UCCGGAUCCAUCGACGAACGUGCCUGCGGCUCAUGAUCAGUCCGCCGUUCCGGCACAGAAUCAUACAGUCAACCAUGAAGAUCAACAGCAUGCUCUCAACCGGAACGCUUUUUCGGCCGCUCUUAGCUGCUAUCCGUAUGGAAUACUCUUGGGCCAGGCUACUGACGUGUCUGGUUCCUGAUGUUGUGCUGACUCACCAUCCAGGAUCAUAAAGGAAAUUGCUCGAGCAGUCGAUCUGAACACCUUGCAUGCCCUCUCCCAAACCUGCCGCCAGUUCCACGCAAAUCUGGCCCCAUACCGCUCGCUGUUGAUCAAACAGACUUUACGCUGCGAGAAUGAGUACAUCGAGACCGUAUCGGACAUGCUCGACAGCGGAGCAGCAAUUCCCGAUAGCGUCAAGUCUGUGCUGCAAAUAUUGAGUCAGAACGCAAGAGCAUCGGGCCGAAUAACCACUGGCAAGGUUGCCAAAUGCGCUCGAGAUAUGGUUGCUGAGUGUCGUCGAUGCUCUAAAGUGGUGUGCCGGAAUUGCACCAUUAAGCCUCCCUCGAGCAGCAUGUAUAAGAACCGCAUUCGCCGUCUCUGCACAACCUGCCAGACAGCCCCGUUAACUGACUUGAUUGAUCCAUUGUCCUCUUCGUCUCAGUCUGCCAUGGCUCACGAAUCAUCAGCACUAAACCCAAAGCCAACAGCCAUUGCGUUUCAACGGACUCCAUGCAAUUGUUAUGAAGCGAUAUGGCUCUGCCAUCAAUGUGGUCACCGUGUCCGCAGCAAUGACACCACCUACCGUCGCGUCUGGACCUGGCGUACACGUUACAGCACCUAUCUUGGUGGUCUGGGCACAGGGAUCGGCGAGGGCUGUCAGGGUGUCAAGUGCGGCCGAGGGGAACAAUGUCUUGCAGCCAAAGAGAUUGAACUCGAGGUUGAAUGCGAAGCGGACGAGGCGUCUGGGGGUAGCUCGCCGGAUUACAGUCAUUACUAUGAGCAUCGGAAUCAUGCGCAUAGUCCUCCCAGACACACCACCAUCGAAAGCUGGGACCACCGCGAGGGGGACGAACCAGGGUAUUUCCGGCAGGAGAUUAUCGGGAUCGGGGGGAGGGUGAAGCAGAAGGCGAAGAAGAGAAUUAUAGUAGGAGCUUGUGUGGCGGAGCAUGAAGAUGAGAGGGAAACAGGAGAGUAUCUCACUAGGGAAGAGAAGGGAGAACAUCGUAGUUGGUGCGGCUGGUGUUGGAGAGUCAUCCUUGCGAAAGGGGAGAUUCAAUAGUCCUAAGAUCUGGAGUAGCUGAGGGGGGGGGAUAACUGUUAGCACAAGUAUAUCAGUAGGUAGAUCGAUCGGAAUACCACUUCCCAGAUGUAGCACACACGUGUCUGCCGCUUAGCCUUCAUUCAGUGAGCAGAGCCCGAACCACGUUUUGCU